UACAUUAACAAACAAAUGUUUCAAGGAUCGCGAUAUUCAUGCAGUCUUCGUGAUUUAAAGAAUGCCUAUGUAAUUAAUGUAUCCAGAAAGCUCUGUGGUCUCAAUUAAUCAACAUCAGGUGAAAAAAUGAGUAACUUGAAACUGAAUAUUGUUUUAUUGCCAUUAUCGUUUACUGUCUUCAUUUUGACUGUUAAUAGUUAUCCUUUGGUGCUGCCAUCAGCUUUGGUUAAUCAAUUUGACAAAUCGAGUGAAAACAGUAACCCUACUGUUCCUUACAAAGUUGAUUAUCACAUUGGAUCUCGAUUUGACCCAUUUAAGGAACGACUUAAUAGUCCUGAUGACUACGAUGGCACAGGAAUCAGGCCAGCUAUGCGAGCUCCAAUUGUUGAAGUCUUACUGCCUUGGGAAGACGAUCCAGAGAUCGUCUAUCUGACAGAGAAACCGCAGAACAUUACAAAUAAUGUUACCUCGAUCUCUAAUUCAACAUCCUCUACAGCAUCAUCAUUUAAUUUACCUGAUCAAUCAUCAACUCUAAGUUCAUCAAUAAAAUCAUCUUCCAUUACGCCAGUAACCGAAUCAAAUACAACAGUGAGUUUACUUCCAUGGGAAGAGGAUUCGUGGCAGUUGUUCGAGACAACAGUGGGCUUAAACUCAUCAAACUUGACUUUUAUUACCGCACCAUCAACAUUCAAGACACCUCUUUAUGUAUCAAUCACGACUUCAAGUACACCAUCGACAACAAGUGGCCCAACUAGUUCUACUUCAGCCUCAACUGUUAGUUCGUCCACAGUGACUGCUGUAACAACCACAACUUAUUCACCUCUACCGUGGGAAGAAGAUUAUUUUGACAAUAUUGUCUCUAAUCCAAUUCAGGUGGGAUCAACGUUGAAGCCUUAUGAACCACCAACCCACCAAACUGACUUCAUCGCAAGAAACUACAACUACAACUCGAUCAACUGAUCUAUUGAUCACAAUCAGCACUAAUCCAGAAUCAUCAAUUGAAGAAUCGUUAUUUAACUUGAUACCUUUAAAACCAAUCGAAAAUUCUGACCCGAAUUGGCCCAAAUUCCCAAAUAAAAGUCCAAAGUCAAGCAAAUUUGGUUAUAAUUAAUGCCUUUGGAUCCAAAUAUUUGAAACUCAUCAUUUUGCUACAGAAAAGCUCAUUUUAUAAAUAUAAAUUUCCAAAAUAAUCAACCUAUGAUAAAAUAAAAUG